AUGGUAUACGUUACGGAUGCUGAGACGUUUGCUAUAAAAAUGGAGUAUGACAAAAACGGUAAACCGUACGUGAAAUAUGGAGAGAGGAAGUUCGUCUGUGAUCGUACCCGAAGUGAAAGGUAUAAGGACAGCAAUGGAUGUGAAGUGGCAUUGGAAAUUAUAAAGCCUAGUGAAGAUCAAAUGCGCAAAAGGAAGGGCUAUGUUUAUGGCUCUAGACUCUGCAUUCCAGGAAUCGCUAAGCAUUGGUAA